AUGCAUCAAUACAACCAUCAACAAAGAUUAUCAGUCAAUUCUGUUCAAUCUUUGGUGGAACCUAUAACUCCUCCUUCUGCAAACAAUAGAAAUCACACAAAGAACCAAUCUUUAGAUUUAUCUGAAUUUAAUCCAAAUCAGCUUUCAUUUGUCAGUGAUAAUAAAAAUGCAAGCAAAAUUGUAGAUUAUUCAUUUUUUCAGGCACCACCAUUUGAAAUUGAACCUAAUAAUCCAAAUUUGAAAAAUGGUAAUAGUACCCCAUCCCUCCUUUGUAAUAACAAUAUUAAAACUACAACUCAAUCAUCAAAUCUAGAUAUUCACUCUAUUCCUUUAUUGGAAUUGGAUUAUGUUAAACUGGCUACUGAUCAGUAUGGCUGUCGUUUCUUACAGAAAAAAUUAGAGUCUCCAUCAGAAUCAAUGAUUGUGAAGGAUGUAUUAUAUGAACAAAUUAAACCAAUUAUUUUGGAUUUGAUGUUAGACCCAUUCGGUAAUUAUCUUAUUCAAAAAUUAUCUGAAUAUAUUAAUUCUUCUCAACGAUCAUUAAUAAUUCAAUCAAUUUAUCCUCAUGUAUUUCAAUUGUCAAUUAAUCAAUACGGGACCAGAUCAUUCCAGAAAAUAAUUGAUACAAUAGAUAAUGAGGCUCAAAUAGAUAUGAUUAUCAAAGGGUUUGAGCAGGAAUACACUACGAUUAAACAAAUUGUAACAUUAAUAAAUGAUUUAAAUGGUAACCAUGUUAUUCAAAAAUGUAUACUGAAAUUUCCUACUUCCAAAUUUAAUUUUAUCAUAAAUGCUAUGGUACAUGAAGAUAAUAUAAUUGCAAUCUCUACUCAUAAACACGGUUGUUGCGUCCUUCAAAAAUUACUUAGUGUUUCAACUCUACAGCAGUUCUUUAAAAUAUCAAUAAAAAUUGUUGAAUAUUUACCAAAUUUGAUAAAUGAUCAGUUUGGUAAUUAUAUAAUACAAUUUCUUCUCGAUGUAAGAGAACUUGAUUUCUAUUUGGUAUCUGAAAUCUAUAAAAAGAUAGAGCUCAGUUUGUGUCAGCUAUCACGUCUAAAAUUUUCUUCAAACGUGAUAGAGAAAUUCAUUAAAAAAAUUUAUAAAGUUAUGACCAGUUAUAUUAUCCCAAGAAAAGAGAGUUCAAGCAAUACAAGUGAUGAUUUAUUUAUUUCAACUGUUGGAAUUUUAUUUUCAAUUAUUGAUUUAUUCACCAACAAUUUAAGCAAUAUUAUAAGAGACAACUACGGUAAUUAUGUUUUACAAACUCUGUUAGAUGUCAGAAAUUAUUCCGAGAUUUUGAAAAUGCAUAAUGUCUAUUCCGAAAACGAAGCAGGACCUCUAUAUGAUAUUAUUCUUGAAUUUUCAAACAAGAUUGAUAAUUUAUUCCUUUUAACUAAAGAUUUUCUACCUUCAAUUAAAACUACAUCUUAUGCAAAGAAAAUUAAGAUGAAAAUAAAGUUAUAUGCUGAACUCAAGGGUGUAAAUUUUACAGAGCUCAUGUCCAAAGAUGUCGGUAGUAUCAAAAUUCAAAAUGGUAAAAUCUUAAAGGCAAAUGCCUUUAUGCACGAUUAUCAAAAUGAUAAUCUUGAUCAUACAAAGAAAGAUAUCUCCAACAGAAGUCACCUAAAGAAUAAUUCAAAUGGCAUUUCUAUUGGCAGUGUAACUAAUCUUCAAAUAGAUAGAAACAAUGAAAAUAUCAGGAACUCUAAGAGCAAUGUCCCUUCUAAAGAUUCAUCUUUAAACAAUGACAAAUAUGUGAUUAUGAACCAAGGAUCGAACAAGAAUAUUAACAAUCAUAUUCAAAACGAUAGGUAUAUUUUUUCUACCAAUGAUGAUAGUACACUACUAGCGAAAAGCAUGCAAAAUUUUAGCAUUAGUUCUAAUCCUCCUGUGUUGUUCAAGUCUCAAUCAUAUGCAUUUUCUGCAGAUGCACAGAAUAAGAAUGCAAUUGAUUAUCGUGUAAUUAAUAGGUCGCAAUCAAUGGCCAUGCCUCUUUUGAACAAUGUCUCAUUUUCACACCCUACCAUUCUCACUACAGAGAGUGAUAAAGUACACUUAACUCGAUUAUCUAAUGGAGAUAUUGAUGUUUUCAGAAACAGUCCCAACAUGAAUUUAUAUUGGAAUGUCUCACAACCUUCGAUGAAUCAGAAUGUCAAUUAUGGACCUUUAGCAUCUUCUCCGGCUAACAAUGAAUCUCUUUAUAGACAUGUUUGCACAAAUAAUCACGUUUCUACCGACAAGACUUCAAACAGCUCAAUUUUUAAUUUGAAUUAG